CUUGGAUCUGACCACCAUAGCCCUCAGUAAUUAUAGUAGCGUUGAAAUUCCAAGCUAAAAACAGAAGUGCAGCAUGUGCCUAUUCCCCAUGUGAUUCGGAAACCAGGAAAUUGAAAGAGCCUGACUGAGAAGGGAGGGAGUGCAAAGCAAUAGACACAUCUAAUAUUUAUCUCAGACCUGCUACGCCUGGGACGCAGGAGCUGUCAUCUGCGGGAGCUGAUUAUGCAUGCAGCCGAAGCAGAGCCUGAUUGGAUGUAGUAGGACCUAAGGCGAGGGGGAGAGGGAGUGAGGGGAGACUUCGGCUCGCCGCACUGAAAUGUAAACAGUGGAAAGCAAGAAGGGAGUGUAACGCCUUUAUGCUCGGAAGAGCUAGCAGCCGGUUCUGAGCUCCCAUGGCUCCGGCAAUGUACCUCUUAUGGGUCUAGCUGUGCCCGGCUUGAUGAACAGAAGCAGAUACUUUGGAGGCUCUCCUGCCUGUGGAUAUAAAUAGGGGGCAUUCGGGAUGCAUUAGCUUUCUCCGGCUGCACCGCAGCUCCUUCGUGCUGCACGCCACAGCUGGGACAGGGCAAUGGACAUGAACAUGAAGAAGUUCACAGUGCGUCGGUUCUUUUCGGUCUAUCUCCGCAAGAAGUCUCGGUCCAAGAGCUCAAGCCUAAGUAGAUUUGAGGAAGACGGUAUCGUGAAGGAAAUAGACAUCAGUCAUCAUGUGAAGGAAGGUUUUGAAAAAGCAGAUCCUUCUCAGUUUGAACUGCUGAAAGUAUUAGGACAAGGUUCAUAUGGAAAGGUAUUUCUAGUGAGGAAGAUCAAAGGAUCUGAUGCGGGUCAGCUUUAUGCAAUGAAGGUACUUAAGAAAGCAACUCUGAAAGUUCGGGACCGGGUACGAUCAAAAAUGGAGAGAGAUAUUUUGGCAGAAGUGAAUCAUCCUUUCAUAGUCAAGCUUCAUUAUGCAUUUCAAACAGAGGGAAAAUUGUAUCUAAUACUAGAUUUCCUGCGGGGAGGGGACCUUUUCACAAGACUCUCCAAAGAGGUGAUGUUUACAGAAGAGGAUGUCAAGUUCUACUUAGCUGAGCUGGCCUUGGCAUUAGACCAUCUCCAUGGUCUUGGAAUUAUUUACAGGGAUCUAAAACCAGAAAACAUUCUUCUUGAUGAAGAGGGCCACAUUAAGAUAACAGAUUUUGGUCUAAGUAAAGAAGCCAUCGACCAUGACAAGAGAGCAUACUCAUUCUGUGGGACAAUAGAGUACAUGGCCCCGGAGGUGGUCAACCGACGAGGACACACACAGAGUGCUGACUGGUGGUCUUUUGGCGUCCUCAUGUUUGAGAUGCUGACAGGAUCGUUACCCUUCCAGGGAAAAGACAGAAAGGAGACGAUGGCACUCAUUCUCAAAGCCAAGCUGGGAAUGCCACAGUUCUUGAGCAUAGAAGCCCAGAGCCUGCUGCGAGCCCUCUUCAAAAGGAACCCCUCCAACAGAUUAGGUGCUGGAUUUGAUGGAGUGGAAGAAAUUAAACGGCACCCUUUCUUUGUUACUAUAGACUGGAAUAAAUUAUACAGGAAAGAAAUCAAGCCACCUUUCAAGCCUGCAGUGGGACGGCCAGAAGACACCUUUCAUUUUGAUCCAGAGUUCACAUCUCGGACCCCCACAGAUUCUCCAGGUGUUCCUCCAAGUGCCAAUGCUCAUCACCUUUUCAGAGGGUUCAGUUUCGUUGCCUCUAACUUGAUGCAGGAGCCUGCACAACAAGAUGUGCACAAAAUCGCAGUUCACCCAAUUGUGCAGCAGUUACAUGGGAACAACAUUCACUUUACAGAUGGAUAUGAGAUCAAGGAGGACAUAGGAAUUGGCUCCUAUUCAGUGUGCAAGAGAUGUGUUCAUAAAGCUACAGAAACAGAGUUUGCAGUGAAGAUAAUUGAUAAGAGCAAGAGAGACCCCUCUGAAGAAAUUGAGAUCCUCUUGCGAUAUGGACAGCAUCCAAACAUCAUUACUCUUAAAGAUGUCUAUGAUGAUGGGAAAUAUGUGUACCUGGUGAUGGAGCUGAUGCGGGGAGGUGAGCUCCUGGACCGCAUUCUUCGGCAGAAGUGUUUCUCAGAGCGGGAAGCCAGUGCUGUGCUGUGCACCAUCACCAAGACUGUGGACUACCUGCACUCUCAGGGUGUGGUGCACCGAGAUCUCAAGCCAAGUAACAUCCUCUACAUGGAUGAGUCAGGAAACCCAGACUCCAUCAGGAUCUGUGACUUCGGGUUUGCCAAGCAACUGAGAGCAGAGAAUGGGUUGCUCAUGACUCCCUGCUACACAGCCAACUUUGUUGCCCCUGAGGUCCUUAAACGCCAAGGUUAUGAUGCAGCCUGUGACAUAUGGAGUUUGGGGAUCCUACUGUAUACCAUGUUGGCAGGGUUCACUCCUUUUGCAAAUGGACCAGAUGACACCCCAGAGGAGAUUCUGGCCAGGAUUGGCAGUGGCAAAUAUGCACUUACAGGAGGAAACUGGGAUUCAGUAUCUGACACUGCAAAGGACAUUGUGUCUAAGAUGCUUCACGUAGACCCUCAUCAGCGCCUCACAGCAGUCCAAGUCCUAAGACAUCCAUGGAUAGUGAACAGGGAGUAUCUGUCUCAAAAUCAACUCAGCAGACAGGAUGUUCACCUGGUGAAGGGUGCAAUGGCAGCCACUUACUUUGCUUUAAACCGAGCACCUCAGGCACCGAGGCUGGAGCCUGUAUUGUCCUCCAGUCUGGCUCAGCGGCGGGGCAUGAAAAGACUUACCUCUACCAGGUUGUAGCAGUACCCCCAAAAGGCCUCUUUGAAAACCCACAUUUUAUUAUUUGAGAAAUUCAUCUUUACUUGGCUAGCAGAAUUUUUUGGACAACCUGCACAUGAAAUCGCCAGAACUAGCAGAAGCCCAGUGUAAGGCAAAAGUUCUCCUUUGCUCCAUCAUUUUUUUUACAUUCCAGCCAGGGUCCCAAGUUUAACAACUUCACAAAGAUGUGCCAAUUUUGCCAGUAGCUCUGUUCCUCACUGAGAUAAAGCCAAAUAAAGUAGGUGUGCUCCAUCCAUCCCGCCUUAGGAAACACUGUUUUUGAGUCCUUAAGAUGUUCCAUGAGAACACUGUUUUCAUUUUGUUUCUCAAGAAAAAGCACUUUUUGUUAUGAAGAACACAGUCGGGUUUGAAUGUUUCCAGCUGUUCCAGCCUGCGUCAUGAUGAAGUGACUUGGUUGGUCACCAGCUGAUGUUACUGAUCUCCACUCACCCCAGGAAGAGUGAAGGCUGCAGAGACACAUUAAUUAUACCUUACUUGAAGCAAGUUCUACACAACAUGAAGGAGAGAGAGCUGUCAGUGGUGGAAAUACCUUCAGAUUUUAAGAAAUCCUUUGCACUUUGCCCCUGCCCUCUCUGAAACGAAGACAGCACAGCUCAUGGAGCGCAUGGCACCAGCCCUGACUUACACAGAGGUCUCCAAGAGCAGGAAACCUCUGAGAAACUCGGUCCUCUGCAGAAAUUAUUGGGUCUUGUGAGACUGUGGGAAAGCAUUCAUGUAAAACAUUGUGAGUAGGGGCCUGUGGAUCAGAGGAGAAAAAGGUGUCUGGUCUCAGCCAGCAAGUGGGAGGACUGGGCAAAGGGGCUGGUGAACUGAGCAGAGGCAGGGAAAGGUGUGGGUGACUGAGGACAGUAGGCAAAAAACCCUGUGGCAGCAUGGGGAGGAGUACUGCCAAAGGGAACUUCGUGCUUGGGGGCAAACUGUGGCUCUAAAAGCAAGGGGUAGUUUCUCUCCAGCAGCUGGUACAGAAGAGGGUUGGUGGGCGGCUGAGCUGACAAGGGCUGGCUGGGUCAUGCAGCUCUCCUUCCAUGCCAUCACCAAAUCAGCUCUGCCAGGCCAAAGUGCCACCCUGGAGCAUGUGAGGCCAUUUCCAGUCACUGCUCUCUGCCCUCCCCUGGCUGCUUACCUGAAUCCACCUCCAUCACCCAACAUUUCAUGUCCUUGCCUGGCUGUUCUCUAGCAGAGCUCAACUCCCUGUGAUGUGUGUACAGAGAGUAUCCACUUCUGAAGAGUCCAGCUAACUCUAUUACAAGCUUUAAUAAUAAUAAAUUAUGAGGAGAAACUGGAGGAUGCUCUGCUUUUAUAUUUAUAUAAAUAUGUAGAUGUGUAUUUAUAUAUAUAUAAAACAAAAGUUCUGUACCCUGGGUUUUCCAGGUUCAGGGAAAGAAAACUUUGUUGAAAUGCUCUCAGCAAAAUGGACCUUUUUUCUCAUUCCUUGAUUUCAAAGAAAGUGAGCAAGGGUUGUGGUGUCAGAUGUGAACUAUUUUUUUAUUCUUUUUCUUACCCAUUUUGGUUUAUGGUGGUCAGAAGCUGACCAGGAUUCUUCUUUGUACUGCUUUUGUUAAUUUUUAUUUUCCAAGUAAAUUUUGUCACCUCAGAUGCUUUGUGGGAAAAGUGAAUGUGUUAUGUUGGCUUCUUUUUCUGUUGUGAUGGGAAAGAAAGAAAAAUGUGAACAUGGAGCUUCAUAUGCUAGAGAUGGGAAUUUUUUCUUGUUGAAUAUGUAUGUGCAUCUCAGUGUCGAACUGGAAUUACCAAUCAUUGCCUCAGAAUGUUCAAAGGAACAAGGAGCUGCAUUUGCUGCGGCAACAUGCUUCCUGAAACCAACUCUGUUCCUGCAUUGCCUGAAACUUGUUUGUUUGCAUUAGUCUAUUUUUAAAUUUAAACUUACUCUUAAUAUUUUAAACUGAUAUUUAAUGUUCAGGUUUAUGUGCUGUGCACAGAGGACUGCUGCAAAGCAGCUCUCCUUGAAGCCCUUCUCUUUUCUAGAAUAAACAAUGCUGUGAAAUUUCACACAGUGGCUGAAUUGGCUUGGACUGAUGCGUGCAAACACACGCAGAUGCGUGUCUGUGGUUAUAGACACAGCAGCCCUUAUUCUCUCCUCUGGCUAAGCUGUGCUCAGUGUCAGCUUUUUGCUGCCUUUACACUUUUUGUCUUGUUAGAAGUUAAGUAUCACAUAUUUCUGCUACCAGCACACCACGAGGCAAGUCCGCAGGCAGGGGAGAUACUGGCUGAUGCAGAAACACUCAGGCCAGGCCCUGUUUGCCUGGAAGUGACUUCUAUCCUGGAAGAAGGAAGGAUGGGCAUAAGGAUGCUAAGGGCAGCCUGGAGGGAGGGCUGUAUUUUCUGGAAUCCCAUCUGAUUUGUUUUUUAAACAAAAUGUUUUCUAUGGCCCAUGUAAUUGUACUAUCUGUGGGCAGAAAGAGUUUUGUAAAUAUUAUGUACAGGUUUUGUCUCCCCCUGAGAUUUCCUGGCUAUUUUUCAUUGCUUCAGUUUGCUUUCUCUUCCAAGUCAUUGGAAACAGUCUAAUUUCCUCUUACUAUACUUGGUCUUAAUUCUUUGAGCAUUUUUUUUCACCUGAAUAUUAUUGCAGGCCAAGCUUACAGGAUGUUGCUCUUCCCAAAGUUUAAUGGUUUGACUCUCUUCCUGAUUUAGCUCUUUCUAACCCACCAGCUAUUAACCCAUUAACCAUACAAGGUUUGGGCCAUAUACAGAAUUAUAUGUGUUGAUGCUCAUUAAUUACUUUGUAAGCCUAUAAAUUGCAUAUAAUGGGGUUUUCUUAUUAAAAUUUUGUUGCCAGUGCAUCCAGA